AGAAAUAAUCAGAAGACAAAAAUCAUUUAACCAUCACAGUGUGUUGUAUGAUUUUAUAUAUAUCACAAAAUAAAUAAAAGAAAAAGCAGAAGAAACAACACCUCACCUCUUUGUCAUCAUAAUAAUUAUCAUCGCUAGGAAGAACAAAUCAACAAAAACAUAACAUUGCCAUCAUCCAUAAUCAAUCCGACCAAGAUCUAUUAAAGUUUUAGGUUUCAUAUUCACAAUCAUUUCUUAAAUAUAUCUCAUUAUAAUCAUCAUCACCACUCCUAUUCAUGAGUAUUAACGGUUGAUUAUUCAAUAAAAAUUCAUUCCGAAUAAUUAAUAUUAACAAGUGUAACGCGCUUGAAUAAUUGAUCAGUUUAGGAAAAAUUUAUUAAUACAUGUGGGUGUGUACGAUUAGAAUUAUUUCAGACGUUUGGAAUGGCUGACCGUAAAGAUUAUGAUCAUUUAUUCAAAUUGCUCAUAAUCGGUGAUAGUGGUGUUGGAAAAAGUAGUUUAUUAUUACGUUUUGCUGAUAAUACUUUUUCCGGUACAUAUAUUUCAACUAUUGGUGUUGAUUUUAAAAUCCGUACAGUCGAAAUCGAUAAUGAACGAGUCAAAUUACAGAUCUGGGAUACCGCGGGUCAAGAAAGAUUCCGUACAAUUACCUCUACAUACUAUCGUGGCGCCCAUGGUGUCAUCAUUGUAUAUGAUGUAACCAAUGGAGAAAGUUUUCACAAUAUCAACCGAUGGCUACAAGAAAUUGACCAAAAUUGUGAAGUAGAAAAUAAAAUUCUAGUGGGUAACAAAAACGAUGAUCCAAGCCUUAAAGUAGUAUUAACAAAAGAUGCACAACGUGUAGCCGAAUUAAUGAAGAUACAAUUAUUUGAAACGAGUGCCAAAGAAAAUAUUAACGUCGAGGAAAUGUUUUUAGCUAUUACAAAGAUGGUGUUAAGAACCAAGAAAGAACAACUAAAUCGACAAACAAAUGAGAAGAAUGCCAUAAAGAUAGCGAAAGGGGGUGUUUAUAAACCACGAAAAAAAUGUUGUUGAUUCUGAUGUCUGUAAUCUUAUUUUUUAAAAAUCCAA